AUGCAAAAGCUGAAGAAGUCUGAAGUCGACUCUUGCUAUGGUGGUGGCGACGUCACCAAAGCAGCCGAAUCGUCUUCUACGCCAAAAACGCCGAUAGAGCUGGCUAUUGAUUCCAUCCUGCACGAUUUUGAGAUGCCAGAAGAUUCUCGAACCCAUUAUCAAGGAUCAAGGACCUGGUAUCAGAGCGAUCUCGACGAUCUCGACACCGACCGCGACGGCUUCAUUUGCCUCGACGAGUUCAACGCCUUCUGGGUCUCCGGCUCCAAAGACGGUGACGCUGCCGAGCUUCGCGACGCCUUCGAUCUCUACGACCAGGACCGCAACGGCCUCAUCUCGGCCAACGAGCUCCAUUUGGUGCUCAAUCAACUUCAAAUGACUUGCAGCCUCGAAAAUUGCAAUCGGAUGAUCAAGACCAUUGAUGCUGACGGCGACGGGAAUGUGAAUUUCGAGGAGUUCAAGAAGAUGAUGGGCAACAACGCCAGUACCGUUAGCAACACCAAAGCGUUGGAACGCUGUCCCAGCUUUAGCGCCUCGGGUCAUGCUUGGCCAUGUUCUGGCCCGCCCGUUCCAAGCAAGGAGUCGGGUCAUGUGUCUUGGGCGAAGGCUCUGGUCACAUGGUCCUUAGACAGGAGGGCAAAGCGUGAGGAAGAUGUGCACUCUGGAGUUUUUCUCUCCCAAGAGGAUCGAGGCUCUCAGACCCAUUAGGGAAGAUGAGGUCACUGCCAUGGUUGAGUCCAUUUUCAAGCACUGUCACUUUCUUUAUUCUCAGUGCUCAACAAAAGGAAUAUCACGCAACCACGCGGUGAGCACAAAGCGAACUAUUCUUUCGCCUUUUACUAAAGAAUACCGUGUGCUUGCUGAAAUUAGCGGCAUGCGCCGAAAGAAAGAAAAAUUUUUUAAAAAAAAAAAAAAGAGAUCACUCAGCAAGGGCACUCAGAAAAAAAAAAAAAUCACUCACAUGGACCCUUGGUAUUUUUAUCUAUACUUAUAAUAUACUAU